UAUUACAUUAACGCCUCUUAUUGUAUCGUUCUUGUAAUGGUCCGAUCAAAACGAUUUCUUAAAUUCAGGGACCCAAUUUUGUUUAGAACUAACACAAUUAAUUUGCAUCAAAACAUCAUUUUUGAAAUCAACAAAGAACGUAGGAAAAGCUAGAAACGUGACAACAUUUAAAGAGCCACUCCCCAAUUGAGCUUCCCUGUACAUAUUAUCCCCCCCUCCUUUCACCAAAUUCCCACAAUCAUCUUUCAUCCCUCCGCUCUCCAAAAUGGAAACUUGCAGAGACAAAAAAGUCCAUUCUUCCCCACUCGUAAAGCCAUGGAAGAAAGGCCCUUCACGAGGCAAAGGCGGCCCUCAGAACGCCUCCUGCGAGUACCGCGGCGUCCGGCAGCGCACUUGGGGCAAGUGGGUGGCCGAGAUCCGGGAGCCCAAGAAGCGCACGAGGCUCUGGCUUGGUUCUUUUGCCACUGCUGAAGAAGCCGCCAUGGCUUAUGAUCAGGCUGCCACUAAGCUCUAUGGCCCUGAUGCUUAUCUUAAUCUUCCCCAUUUGCUUCAUAAUCUUCCUCGUAAUGACAUUAAUAAUGGUUCUAUAUCUAAUUUCCUCAAAUGGGUUCCUUCUAAAAACUUCGUUUCUUUGUUCCCUAAUCCCCGCCCUGCAACCUUUAUGCUUAAUCUCAAUGCUCAGCCUAGUCUUAAUCUUAUUCACCAGAGGCUUCAGCAGCUUAGAACUCAUGGCUUUCUCUCCCCUUCCCUCCCUUCUCCUUCUAAGAAACUUGAAGACGAGAAUAAGAAUGGGAAAGAAGACGAAGCUUCACUAGGAGAGGAGACAACAACGGUGACAAUGGAUAUGGUGGAAGACAAGCCACAAAUUGAUCUAAACGAGUUUCUACAACAGCUUGGGAUUAUCAAGGAAGAAGUCGAGGAGAAGUCAGUUAUUGAAUCAGAAGGAGAGGAAGGAAUCAAUAACAAUAAGGAAGCAGAAUUGAAUAAUUGUUUGAAAGACGAUCCUAGUGAUGAAGUUGAAGUGGUUAGUGACGAAAGCUUUAAUUGGGAUUCAAUUAUGGAAAUGCAUCAAAAUAUUGAACAUCAUCACUUCGGAAACUUUCAAGUUUAUAAUCGUUAUGAAGAUGAUCUAAGUUUUUCCAAUUCCAUUUGGGAUUUUGAAGAACACCAUUCCAUGACAAUCAUACCUUAAAAAUAA